CAAAUUUCAGAAUCAACAAUGGUCGCCUCAGUGGAAAAACUGUACGCCAAUUAUGAAGUCUUGAGCAAAAACAAAGGAUCUGAAGCCGAGCUUCAGACGGCGUUCAAAGAAAUCUUGGCUGCGGUUAAAGGUGACACGAAGGUGAAACAGCUAGCUUGUCAGUUCAUUGUAAGAUUCUACAAGAAGUUUCCAGCGUUGGAAAGCGAAGCAAUUGAUGCUCAGCUUGAUCUCUGCGAAGAUGACGAUCAAUCGAUCAGGCGGUAUGCAAUCAAAGAGCUCCCAAAUUUCUGCAAGGACAAUCCAAAUAAUGUCUCAAAAAUUGCGGAUAUCUUGGGUCAACUGCUUACUACAGAUGACAAUGUAGAAUUAGUAGUGGUUCAAGGUUCACUCUUCCAGCUUUUGAAAGCUAAUCCUAAAGAAUGUCUUAUGGGCGUUUUUCAACAACUUGCGAACCCCUCUGAUAGCGAUGAUUCUUCAGUCCGCGAGAAGACAUGCAAAUUCGUUUCGACUAAGCUUGCAACCCUUACUGAAAAAGAGUUGAGCGCAGAAACCGAAAAAUAUAUCGUUACAACUGUCAAAGGACUAAUGGCAAAAGCUGAUGCAUGCACCUUUGCUGGCCUUCUUGGAAUCCUGUCUGUUUUGAAAUCAAUGAAGCUGCUAACUGUUCGUCAGCAACUGAUCGAGGUUAUCGAAACCAAGGCAGGAAUUAACUCGGAUGCGAAAGCUUUCGAAGCUAACAAAGCAAUAAUGUCUUUCUACAUGUGCUGCGAGCAAGGAGUUCCUUUCUUCAGCAAAAACGUUAGCUCUCAGAAAUUCGCUAUUUGCAUGUGCGAAAAAGUUCUUCCAGCUGCCAUGAAGAAAUACGCCCAAUCAGACGACACACCGAAGGGUCUGCCAUCAAAAUCACAUAUGCUAAAGUUGCUAGCUGAAUUGAGUACCCAUUCGGGAACCGAUCAAGUAUCUCUAGUCACUAUUCAGUACCUGUUCCAGGUCUUGCUGGACCUGAUGCCAACACCUCCCGAAACUCUGGGAAGUGGCGAUGACGCUUUCAGCGACUUCUCGAAAGUGGACCUGUGUGCGGUCGAAUGCGCAAUCUACUCGUUUCAUCUGCUAUCUGCUUCUCACAAGGAGUUCUUCACCGACCCAGAGGCACAGGCUAGGAUGGCUGACUUCAGAAAGAGGCUGCAAUAUUUCGCCCUGGGAGUGCAAGCACAAACUAAGAAGCUCAAUGAGGCUCUGAAGUUGAAACUGGAUCCAGAUUCAGACGAGUUGGCAGCUAAAAAAGAAAUGUUGUUGGCGUGCAGUAACAUUAGCGCCAUAAUCAAAGACCUCUUUAGAAUUCCCCCUCAUCAUACUGCCCAAGUUACUCUCUCCUUCAAAACAGCCCAGCCAGCCACACUAGCUGAACCAGAGGCAAAACAGGCUCAGAAGAGACACACGCCUAUCACUGGGCCAGCGGGUGGAAAGGAUGUUGGGGCUUCUAAUGGCGUGAACGCUGCUAAGUUGCCACGACAGCUGUAUGGACAAGGAAGGGGCGGCAGAGGAGGAAGAGGUGGUGGAUUUGGACAGCAAAGAGGUCGCGGGUUCUUCCGAGGAAACCGAUACUGAGAGGGCCCAGAUGAAGAAAAUAAACAACUUGAUAUUCUACUAUGAAUAGGGCAAUACGAGUCUCCUUAAUAAGUUAGGCUGCAAACCUUGAACUCAUUAUGUUUCUGUUUUACUUCUCGUUUUAACUCUUUUCCUCAUUAUAGCUGUUGACUUGUGGUUCGUUUUCCUAUGUGUUCUAAAUCUUAUUUGCUAACAUCUGUUCGAAAAGUGAUUGCUGAUUUGAAUUUUACAGCUAAUGGCUGGCUAUAUUAAGUUAUUUCUCCAGUGUCAAAUCCAUCGAUUAUUGUCUUCUUAUAGUGCGUCUGAAUUUUUUUCGUUGUAACUGAACUGCGUUUUCAUUUUGAGGAUCAAGCGAUUAACAUUGAAUGAUUAACAAAGUUCAGUGAUAUUUAUUUUAUCAAACUUGGAUGUAAUACACACUACCAAUAAA